AACGAAAGCGGUGACAAUCAUAACAAUAACAACAAAUACGGCGCCGGCUCUGGUGGACAAACGGGCGGCCACUUUGCACACAGUCAUAGUCACAGUCAUAGCACUAAAUACACGUCCGAUGACGAGAGCUCAAGCAUGACGUCCGGCUCGGGACACUUGGGGCCCAACGCCAUCGCCAGCACCACUGGUGGCUCGUUUAGUCCGCUCAGGAAGAAUACCGUACUCCAGGCCAGCACUCACCUGCCGGCCCCCGAAACCACAGUCACACCAACCGCUAUGAUAGACAUCGAGCAGAUUGUCAUCGAAAUGAAGGACAGACGCGAAGAGGUUCGCCGACUGUCCGAAGAAGUCGAGUCAUUGAAAAGUCAUUUACAGAGCGAGUGCUCUGUAUUUCAUCAGUCAUUACAAGAGGAAAGAUAUCGGUUUGAGAGAUUAGAGGAGCAAAUGAACGACUUAAUAGAGUUGCAUCAAAACGAAAUCGAGAAUCUGAAGCAAAAUAUGGUGGAUAUGGAGGAGAAAGUGCAGUAUCAGAGCGAAGAGAGGCUCCGGGAUGUGCACGAAAUGCUCGAA